AUGGCGCUGGUCGUCUCGGUGGAGUUCCUGGACGGCUUCGUCGUGCUCUCCUUCUUCCCGGACGCCGUCGCGAUUGUCCUGUACUACGUGGUGAAGCUGUUCUCGGCGUGUCAACCCCGAGAGGAGAGCUCACCGCUGGAUUUCACCUUCCGGAUCGUUGCCGCCGCGGGGUUCACUCUAAUGACUGGACUCUAUACGGCUUUCAUGGGGACAGAUCACUAUGGCUUUCAUGGUUCUGUCAAGCUUGAGCCGUCUGGCGAUCCCACUUCACAUGCCUAA